AUGAAGAAAAAGUGUGAGAUAUUAAUUGAGGGAGUGAAACUCAAAGAGAAUGAAACUCUCCUGAACAGGAUCUACACACAGCUCUACAUCAUAGAGGGAGAGAGUGAAGGAGUGAACGAAGAACAUGAGGUUUUACUGAUGGAGCAAACAGCCAGAACACAAUAUUCACAAGACAUUCCAAUCUACUGCAAUGACAUCUUUAAAGCCUCACCUGAACCAGGAUGUGAAGAGAAAGACCAGAUCAAGACUGUUGUUACUAAAGGCAUCGCUGGAAUCGGAAAAACUCUGUGCAGAAAGCUGAACUUGAUCCGAGAUCAUCAGUACAGUCUUCACAGACUUCUGCUGGACUUUCAUCCUGAACUUCAAGAUCAGAUUUAUGAGAUUUAUGAGGAGUGUAAAGUUGUGUUCAUCUUUGAUGGUCUGGAUGAAAGCAGAAUCACAUCAGACGCUCCAGACGCCCAGAAAGUUUCAGCAGCCAAUCAGAUGCAGCAUCAACAGCAUCAAGCCAGCAGAAUCAUCUCACACAUCAGAAGAGCAAGAAGCCUCCACAUCAUCCCCGUCUUCUCCGUCUUCUGCUGGAUCUCAUCCACUGUGCUUCAGAAGCUCCUGGAAGAAGAUCUGAGUGCAGAAAUCCCUCAAACUCUGACUGAAAUGUACAUCCACUUCUUGCUGAUUCAGAUCAACAUGAGGAACCAGAAGUAUGAAGAGAGAGAUCCAGAGAAACUCCUGCAGUCCAACAGAGAAGUGAUUGUGAAACUUGCUGAAGUGGCUUUCAAACAGCUGAUGAAGGGCAAUGUGAUGUUCUAUGAGGAGGACCUGAUUGAGAGCGGCAUAGACCUCACUGACGCCUCAGUGUAUUCUGGGAUUUGCACUGAGAUCUUUAAGCAGGAAUCUGUGAUUCAUCAGAGGAAAGUCUACAGCUUCAUUCAUCUGAGCGUUCAGGAGUUUCUCACUGCUUUCCAUGUGUUUUACUGCUAUUUAAUGAAGAACAAGGAGCCACUGGAGUUUCUGGAUAAAAGAUUUAAACAACACAGUUUGAAUAAAGACUCUUUGUAUGAUCUACUAACAUCAGCAGUAGAUGAAGCCCUUGAGAGUAAGAAUGGAGAGCUGGAUCUGUUCCUGCGGUUCCUGCUGGGCGUCUCACUGGAGUCCAAUCAGAGCCUCUUACAGGAUCUACUG